AUGAGCAAACGAAACAGACAAGAUUUUGAAAAUCAUCAAUUCAUUAAUUCGGAGGAAAUAUUCACUAACAAUUUUAAUAAUAAUAAUAUGGAAGAGAAAUCAAAAAAGGUUGUAAAACUGGAACAUGAAAUAUUUUCAGAUGACAUUUGUUUUGAAAUAAUUUCCAUGAUUGAUGAUUCAUGGUUUAUUUUAAAUAAUUGUUCCUUGAUUUCAAAACAAUUCUUUAAUGUGAUCAAGGAACGUUCAAAACUUACUAUUCAAUUUAAAAAAAAAUUUACAAAGAAACGAGUUCAAUUAUUUUUGAAAAGUCAAUUUAUGAAUUGUAUUGUUAAUGUUACAUAUUCUGAUUGGUUGCUUGAUUCUUUUGAAGAAGCCAAAUUCAUUAGUAAAAUGAAACAAUUGACAUCACUUAGUAUUUCUGGCAAUGGAAUUGGUGAUGAAGAAGCCAAAUUGAUAAGUGAAAUGAAACAAUUAACGUCACUUGAUAUUUCUGCCAAUCUAAUUGGUGAUGAAGGAGCCAAAUAUCUAAGUGAAAUGAAACAGUUGAUAUCACUCAAUAUUGGUAAAAAUGAAAUUGAUGAAGGAGCCAAAUAUAUAAGUGAAAUGAAACAAUUAGCAUCACUUGAUAUUUCUUACACUCAAGUUGAUGUUGAAGGAGCCAAAUGCAUACGUGAAAUGAGACAAUUAACAUCACUUAAUAUUUGUGGCAAUCGAAUUGGUAUUGAAGGAGUCAAAUUGAUAAGUGAAAUGAGACAAUUAACAUCGCUUAAUAUUGGUGAAAGUGAUAUUGGUAUAGAAGGAACCAAAUUGAUAAGUGAAAUGAAACAAUUAACAUCACUUAAUAUUUCUAACAAUCUAAUUGGUGAUGAAGGAGCCAAAUUGAUAAGUGAAAUGAAGCAGUUGAUAUCACUUAAUAUUCGUGCCAAUCGAAUUGUUAAUCAAGGAGCCAAAUUCAUAAGUGAAAUGAGACAAUUAAGAUCACUUAAUAUUUCUAACAAUAGAAUUGGUAUAGAAGGAGUCAAAUUGAUAAGUGAAAUGAAACAGUUGAUAUCACUUAAUAUUCGUAGCAAUCGAAUUAGUAAUGAAGGAACCAAAUUGAUAAGUGAAAUGAGACAAUUAACAUUACUUAAUAUUUCUAACAAUGAAAUUGGUGAUGAAGAAACCAAAUUGAUAAGUGAAAUGAAACAAUUAAAAUCACUUGAUAUUUCUUACAAUCAAAUUGGUAUAGAAGGAGCUAAACUUAUAAGUGAAAUGAAACAAUUAACAUCACUUAAUAUUGCUGACAAUCGAAUUGGUGGUGAAGGAGCCAAAUUGAUAAGUGAAAUGAAACAAUUAACAUCAAUUACGCUCAUAUAA